CAAAGUUGUUGAUUAUUAAGUACAGUACUCUUGAUGUUGGAACCGUAAUACUUACCUUCAUUGGUGAUGAUCAGUGUUGUAGCCACGGUGGGCGACGGUGGGCGACGGUGGGCGGGCCUGCCCAGUACUGACAAUUUCCGCCCGGCACUGUAGCUGAAAAACAGACUGCCAAUACCACAAAUAGUUCCAAUGGGAAGAGGUUGAAUCAAGGAAGAGGCUGAGUGAGAAGAAUUCAGAGGACUUGAAGCAUAUGGAUAAAAGACGAAGAGACAACCAGGUUGCGUGGAGAACCCUACAGAAGUACUUUCGACGAGCAGUAGCGUCUAGACAAACAUUGCAUGACACUCAAGAGGAGAAAAGAGCGGAGCUGGAGAAUCAAAUGAAGGAUCUACAGGAAGAGCUGGCAGCAGAGGAAGACUCUCACGCAGCAGCGCUGGAGUGGGAGUAUGAUUCAAACUGCAAGCAGCUCAUGAGGAUCUCUAUGCCAAUCAGUCGUCAUCCGAGGCACCUGUCAUCAUUGCCCAUAGUAACGGUACCCCAGCCCAUCAGGAGAGCCCAGAGUCUGCCGACCAGAUCACCAAUAGUAACCUUGAGGUUCAGUGGGUCAUCGAGCAAAAUCCCAAGGAGAGGUCAGAAGAGACCGGUGAGGUCAACCAUAUUGAAGACCAGUCGCUCAGACAGCGUCGUUUUUGUCACAGUGAUGAACUUGGUAAUGCGUCACCAAAGUCAGUCGGUUCAGAGCCUCCAUCACCAACACGAUCAACGGAGGAAUCUCCAAGAAGAGAUGCUGUCAUCCCAUCACCUUGGGGUUCACCACAGAAAUCCCAAGGUGAUGAGCUCUCUGCAGCGUUUCCUGGUCAUCACACCAGAAGCAUCUGCCAUAAGAAAGUACCCGAAGAAGGCUCCAAUCCCGAAGUUUUUUAAUUAGGUGUUAUUGUUUUGUUAUCCUUGAGUUUUAUACAUGUUAACUGCAACAAUGACGCUACAGUUGUACCAGUUGCUUUAAAAUGUAUUAAACCACCUCAGAUGUAUAAUUAUUUAACUUUGUCUUUUAAAGACACUGGACACUAUUGGUAAUUGUCAAACACUAGUCUUCACAGUUGGUGUAUCUCAAC